AUCGCCCCUGGAGAAGAUGGAAGGAGAGAAGCGGCCGGAGCCCUACUCGGGCCUGUUCGCGGACGGGCACCUGGUCCUGUGGACGCUGUGCUCGGUGCUGCUGCCCGUGUUCAUCACCUUCUGGUGCAGCCUUCAGCGGUCGCGCCGGCAGCUGCACCGCAGGGACAUCUUCCGCAAGAGCAAGCACGGCUGGCACGACACGGACCUGUUCGGCCACCCCACCUACUGCUGCGUGUGCGCGCAGCACAUCCUGCAGGGCGCCUUCUGCGACUGCUGCGGGCUGCGCGUGGACGAGGGCUGCCUCAAGAAGGCCGACAAGCGCUUCCAGUGCAAGGAGAUCGUGCUCAAGCCGGACGCCAAGGCCCUGGACGCCAUGCCCCACCACUGGAUCCGGGGCAACGUCCCCCUGUGCAGCUGCUGUGUGGUGUGCACGCAGCAGUGCGGCAGUCAGCCGAAGCUCUGCGAUUACAGGUGCAUUUGGUGUCAGAAAACUGUCCAUGAUGAGUGCAUGAGAAGUAGCUUAAAGAACGAAGCCUGUGAUUUCGGAGAAUUCAGAAACCUCGUCAUUCCACCCAGUUACUUAACCUCUAUUAAUCAGAUGCGUAAAGACAAAAAAACAGAUUAUGCAAUGCUAGCCUCUAAGCUUGGGAAGCAAUGGACUCCAUUAAUAAUCCUGGCCAACUCUCGUAGUGGAACUAACAUGGGAGAUGGACUAUUGGGAGAAUUCAGGAUCCUUCUAAACCCAGUCCAGGUUUUUGAUGUAACUAAAACUCCCCCCAUCAAAGCCCUGCAACUUUGUACUCUUCUUCCUUAUCACUCAGCUCGAGUACUUGUGUGUGGAGGGGAUGGGACUGUGGGCUGGGUCCUGGAUGCCAUUGAUGAAAUGAAGAUUAAGGGGCAAGAAAAAUACAUCCCACAAGUUGCAGUCUUGCCUCUGGGAACAGGCAACGAUCUAUCCAAUACAUUGGGCUGGGGCACAAGUUACACGGGUGAAAUCCCAGUUGCCCAGGUCUUAAGAAAUGUGAUGGAAGCAGAUGGAAUUAAACUGGACAGAUGGAAAGUUCAAGUAACAAAUAAAGGAUACUACAACCUGAGAAAACCCAAGGAAUUCACAAUGAACAACUACUUUUCUGUUGGACCUGACGCUCUCAUGGCUCUCAAUUUUCACGCUCAUCGCGAGAAGGCACCAUCUCUGUUUUCUAGCAGAAUUCUUAAUAAGGCUGUUUACUUAUUCUAUGGAACCAAAGAUUGUUUAGUGCAAGAAUGUAAAGAUCUGAAUAAAAAAGUUGAGCUAGAACUGGAUGGUGAGCGAGUGGAACUGCCUAAUUUGGAAGGUAUUAUUGUUCUGAACAUUGGAUACUGGGGCGGUGGCUGCAGACUAUGGGAAGGGAUGGGAGAUGAGACUUACCCCCUAGCCAGGCAUGACGAUGGUUUACUGGAAGUCGUUGGAGUAUAUGGGUCUUUCCACUGUGCUCAGAUUCAAGUGAAAUUGGCAAACCCUUUUCGAAUAGGACAGGCACACACAGUGCGGCUGAUUUUGAAGUGCUCGAUGAUGCCAAUGCAGGUGGAUGGGGAGCCCUGGGCCCAAGGGCCCUGCACUGUUACCAUCACUCACAAGACACAUGCCCUGAUGCUGUAUUUCUCCGGAGAACAAACGGAUGAUGACAUCUCUAGUAACUCAGAUCAAGAGGAUAUCAAGGAUACUGAGUAGCCGGAUGAGGAAAUUAAAACUUACAAUAGAAUGCUCACAAACAAUAAGUUUGAAAAGCUGUGAAGGAGAGAUUGUUCCAUGGCGUGACCGCUGCUGGACCCACAAGCUGGACCCGGCCAGAAAAGAGAUUGCUUGACUGCAAAGCCGCCCUUCAGGACUAUCUGCUCAUAAUCAAUGUUCAUUCUGACAUUAAUCAGCAUCCCUCCCCGGCUCCUGGAAGAGGCUGAUGCCUCGAUCUGGUCAAGCGUGUAAUUUCCUGUGUCUGGUAGCAUUCACAUGCUAGUGCCUGCAACUGUUCCCUCUUUCCCCCUGUAUAUAAUUCUUGGGCACCUACCAAGCAGCACAGGGACCCACUUCACCUUCGAACCAUCCAGCAUGCCUUGUAUAGAAGUUUCACUUCUAUAAUUAACUCUAUUAAUUCCCAGA